ACCACCGGAUAUGACGUUAAGGAAAAAUGCGUUCAGUUGCUUUUUCGGUUGGAUUUCAGGUGAUAAACAAAAAGUUCUGGGGUUUAUUUAGUCUCUUUCAGGCAUUUUAUUUGGCAUUUUUAUGAUUAAUUUGCAUUUGUUUCACCGUUUUAAAUGUCUCCUAAGUAUGUCCGUCUAAGAUGUGACGGUAGCGUUUAACGUAGCUGCUACCUGACGUUUGGGAAAUGUCCGCCGUCAUAAUCAGAGAAAAUGAAGAGAAAAUUGACCAAAAUAAGACCGAGCCCUAACGAAGAAGCUCGAAUAAUAAGAGAGGAGUAUGAAAGGAGGAGAAAACUGCGCAUGCAGCAGGUGCGGGAUCAGCAGCGGCACUUUGCACAGCAGAUCCGCCAGGCGGUUGAGCAGAGGCGGCAGCAUGAGCUGGAGCAGUUGGGGGAGCAGCUGAGGCAGGACUGGGAGCGACAGCGGAGGGAGAAACUUGACACACUGCAGAGGUUAUACCAGGAGAGCCUCCAUCUUCUCGGUCAGGGACACAGGGGUGCAAAAGAAAACGAACCCGACUCGGCAGCCAUAGCUCAGAGGGAGGAAGAAAAUCAAGCCAAAGCAGAGGAGCGUUAUCAAGAAGCCCUGAAGGAGCUGAAAUCACAGAGGCUUAAAGACCAUGAGAGGCAAAGCCGAUCCAUCAAUGCCAGGAAAAAGGCUCUACAGGCAGAAAAGGAAAGAGCGGCAAAAGUGGCCAGCCUCCCACCGCCUCCCCCUAACCCCAUUCAGAACAUCAAUUUGAAGAAGCCACAUGUAGUAAAGAAAUCUGAUGUGAGUGCCUUCGCUGACACACAUUACCACAUGCCUGAGAGCACAGUGGACAGAGAGGUGGACACACAGCAGUUUAAUGCCCACGAAGAAGCUGAGCUGGAGGUGAGGAGACUGCAGGACUUACAGAGGGAGGAAAAGAGGAAAAGAGAGGAGCAGCUUGAAAAGGCUCGUCACAGAGGGAAGCAGGCUCUGAAGAGGGACCAGCUUGUGCAGGAUCGUGAGCGCUUACUUGUUGAACUGGAGCACAUGCAGCAGACUGACCUGCUGAGGAGGCGACAGCAGGUGUCACAGAUGCCUCCUCAGAUCUUCCAGCCUCUCUAUAAGAGGCAGGAGACGAGGGAGGACUUCCAGAGGGAGAUGGAGUUUGCCUUUGAGGACGUAUAUACCGGAGAGAGGAGGGUUAAAGGUGACCUGGUGGUCCAGCCGCUACCCGAACCUCUCCCAGCUCUGUCCACAGGCAGCCAAGACCAAGAGCUGGACAUCACACUGGAUGAAAUCACCACACCGGGAACAGAAAGCACACAACAUGACGCUGAGCAAGAAGCCGCAAGCACUGAGCAAGGAACAUGUGCUGAAGUGGAACGCUCCAAACCUGCUCGUAGACAGGCGUUGAAGAAACUCCUGGAUCGUAUCAGGAGCCAGAGGAACCAGUGGACUGACCACAACGGUCGUGUCCCUGCAGCCGAUUCUCCGACGAUCAUCACCGAUCAGAUCCCAGAGCGGGACACGACCAUUGAGACCGGCUCUAUGACCAGCGAGGAGAAGGACAAAACGCCCUCCAGCGAGCUCUCUGAGCCAGCCAUCGCACCACCAGCAAUGGAGACAACGGCACAGUCAACUGCAGCAGAUACUCUACUUCCUGAUGUAGUCGUAAACAGAAUCCAGGAAUUCGAAGAAGAACGAAAGAAAAGGGAAGAGGAGCUUGAGAGGGAGAAGCAGCAGCAGGUGGUUCUGCUGCAGGAGCUGGAAGAGGAGAAGGCCAAACUGGAGCAGAUGCUGCUUGAGGCUCAGCAGGAGAAAGAACAUCUGAAUUCUGCCGUGACCCAGGAAGUGCCUAUUAACCAACCAGACGUACCUGUCCAUAAUUGGGACGUCACCUCUGUCACCCCUGGUCUAGCUCCGCAGCUGGAGCCCCCUGCAGGUGAAGAUGACCACACCAGAAGGCUUAGAGAAUACCAACAACGGCUGCUGGAACAAAACAGAAUUCACCAGAGUUCACUGGAAGUGGCUCACCAGCGCCUGGAGGAAUACCAGCGAGCUCUACGAAUUCGUUACAACAUGACCUCCAAAUCGUUGCUGCCCGCUGUCAUGCCUCCAGGCCUCAGUCGCCCACCUCUGCACGGUAGUCGGUCUGUGCAUCUUCCAAUUCAUCUACAACUCCCUCAAACUCCUGCAGUGCCUCCAUACAUCCAAAAUAAGCCACAAACCUCUGUGGAAGUUCCCACAAGAGACUCUGACACGCUGGCUUCACGUCCCCAACCUCCCCAUUUUCCUGGCUCCAGUUUGAGCUUUUGCUCCAAGUUGGUGCCAGAUGAAGCAGAAUCUAGUUCGAACGGUUCCAGGAAGCAGAGACCAGACGUGACUGCCUGGCUGACUGAUAACAUAAUGGAGAGAGUAACAGAGCACCUUCCGGAGAGAGUGAGACCCCCCUCGCUCACCACAGAGCAACUGCCUAACAAACUGUUCACAACACAUCACUCAACCACCAUCCCACUCCAGCCAACCUCUGAUCCCAUCCAAGCCAUUAGCCCGAGCAUCACAGAUGGUGCACCUCUGGUUCCGGGCCAUGCAGCAGUUAAGCCUGGGGUCUUUCCACAUGGCUCCCUGCAGAUGGGGUCCCUGAUCUCCAGAGGGGACGACAUGGAGAGGCAGAGGCGAGAGCUGCAGGAGGUCCAGAGACGGGUGCGGAAGCAGUGGAAGGCAGUGGUGCUGCAGCAGAGGCAGCAAGAAGAGGACAGGCAGAGACAGGAAGAGCAGCGACAUAGACAGGAAGUGGAGAUGGAGAAGAUGAGGCGGCAAAAGGAGACGCUGAGGGCUCUGAUUCACACUGAUGCACAACCAUUUCCAGAAGCUGGUGGUGAAGUGUUGAUAUCAGAGAACAUCGGUCAGGCUCGCCUCAGAUUACUUGCGUCCCUACUGAGAGCUAUAGAGACGGCUAAUGGAGGAUCUUUAUCACAUCUAGAAGACCCUCAGGAGAAAGAUGGCUCCCCUCAACAACCGCCAUCUAGCAGUGGCGAGGCUGAUCCCAUCGCUCAGACCAAUGUUCCUGCUGGACCUGCCUCAGCAUCAGUCCUUCCCUCGGGACUUCUCCCUCCACGUCCUCGAGCAGCGAAGCCCCCGGUGACCCGCGUCAGGCUGGGAAUCAUGGAGAUGAUGACUGAACAACAUGAGCUCAGUGCUAUUCAAGAGGUCGAGACGCCAGUCAACACCAGCCAAGUCACAGGCCUGGAGGAUAGCGUGAAGGUGCCAUCACACACUGUCGACUGGGAUCCGCAGGAGGAAUCAGAGUCGUCUGUGGCCUCUGACAGGACUCUGCAGACACCCUCUGUGUCCAGCAGUGGGAAGCGGACUGCUGAGAGACUAACUGGCUCUAGGACAAGCUCAAGGAGAUCCAGCAGUCUCAUUUGGAGAGAGAGACUGCUGAUAGGGGCAGGAACAUCUCCAGAAUCUUCAGAUUCUGAUUCAGUCCUGAGAAUAAUCUCACCGCUUUCCUCUGACUCUGGGAGAGGAGCCGACUACUCUGGUCCUGCAAUCACAAGCUACAGAUCCCCCACAGAGUCUACCCAUAGGCCUCCUGACUCUGACUGCCUCUCGUCCACCACCAUCUCCACCGGCAGCUACAUCACCACUGACCCUGAGCAAAACGUAGACACUGAUAAAUUCCCGCCUGUCAGACAUAGUUUGGAACGACGACGAGGAGCAGCUUUACUCAGUGUCUCCUCUCCAUCCGGUCAAAGCUCCUGUAUUAAGGACAGCUCGGCUGCAGGCCGGCCUGGUGUGGCUGUAGACUCUCUGUUUAAUGAUAGCAGCAUCCAGCGAAUUAUAGACAGAUACACAAGGGAACUUAACAUCUCCCUCAGCACUGCUGGGAGAACCACAGACAGUGAAGGCUCAUAUGUGGAGGAACCUGGAUCUUCACUUUCACAGCAGUCUUUGGCUCAAGCCUCAGAGAGGAGAGUGGAGGAUGAAGGUUCUACAGGUCGUCGGUCUCUUCCCUCAGACACAGCAGGGACACAGACAAGUGGCAUGGUAUGGGACAACACAGUCAAGCCAAUCUUGGAGCACUUCCCAGCUGAGGACCCGGAGCAGGACUCUUUCAGGCCUCUGAUUGGCCAGCUCACAGACCAGUCAUCCUGUCUUGCCACUGACCAGAGGGACUUAGCCAUGGAGCAGCUGGUCGGUCAACCAUCGGCUCACUCUUCCAUGAUUGGUCAGCUUCCAGGUCUGGCGGCUUCGGUUAGCUCGGAUCAAGGUGGAUGGAAUUCCACUCUGAGUCGGAUGAUUGGUCGACUCUCCCAUCAGUCCAGCUCUUGUUGGCUGAGUGGUGGGCAGGACUUUUAUGCAGGUCAGCUGAUGGGUCAGAUGGCGCCGGAGCAGUCCACCACAUGGUUGGAUGAAUGUCAGGAGGAGAGCCGGAUGAGACCGCUGGUUGGGGAGCUGGAUAAUGAUCAGGACAGUGGAGACUCAAGUAGAAGAAGGGUCUCAUGGGGUGAAAGUACCAACGUGGAUCCUGGUCUCUCCAGAGAAGCCAGUUUGCCGUCGUACCCAGAGCUGCCUCCUGAAGUUUCGUCACACAGUGCUGCCGUCCCAGGUCUACGUCCCCAUCCAGAAGACCAGAUACUGCAGAAGCAAACCAGUCCAAUGGACCUGGGCCCAGAGAGGAAUGAAGUUUUUCCAGGCUCAGACUCAUUCCACCCGCUACUGGCUGAAGUCACCCACAACGAAACAGCCGACGCCUCCACGACCUUUCACCUGCUCGAACACAAAGUGCCGAACUCCCCUGAGGGACAGCCAGCCAGUGGGGAACGCAACGUUUCCGCACCUUCGGAAGAAUCUGAAACCCAAACUGAUCCUUCUGUUGAGUUUGAACAGUCACCAGAGCGCUUUCGAACAGAGAAGCCUGCCUUACAUGAAUCCUACCAGCGCCAGCCCCAUGAAUCUGUCCUCAUGUUGGAAGACACCAUGAGGACAGAUGUGGAGCUAACAGCUCUUAGUCUGUCAAAUUUAACCAUGCGUGAUGAUGCACCUGCUCCGGGCAUGCCGCAGCUGGUGGAAGGGGCUUUAGAAAGGAACCGUGUUUCUGAAAGACCUCGAGAUUCAGUCGCAUCCAGUGACCUCUGGGCCCAAGAACUGAAGUCUGAGCAUGUCUCAAACCUGAGGAAUGAUGUUCCUGUCUCAGAUAAGAUAUUGGAAGCGGCCAGUGAGAAGGGGAUCCUGGAGCAGUCGGACAUAACACUAGUGAGCCUGACAGACACCACACUGCAGGACCAAGAGACAACCAUUGCUGAUGAAGAGGGAAUUUGGGAAGACAAACAUUCAAAUGGGGUGAGGGAGGAAGGACAGAGAGGCCAAGAGACAGAGGGGUCAGAGUCCACGUUGUUACCGGAGGAGAUGCUAAAGGACAAGCACCAAACGCAUCCAGUGAAGUUAUUGGAGUUUCAUUGGGGUCCUAGCGAAGGCCUGCAGGGGGUCAACCAACAGAGGCGCAGAGCUCUGCUCCAGAGAUCCUCCCACAGGGUGGAUGACAUCAAGGCCAAAUGGGCUGCCGCCAAGAUUCAACCUGAGAUCCAAGCUCCCUCUGAAGCCAGAGAGCAGUCGAAAGCUGAGGAAUCUCAUCCAGUCUCCUCUAAGGCAAAGUCUCAAUCAGAACCUCAACAUAAGACUAACAAGUCAAAGGCUGGACAGGCGGAGCAGAAGCAAACUGCUGAGAAAUCUGGCUUCGUCAAGCAGAAGAAGCCUCAGCUUCCCCCUCCAGUGAGCGAUUCCAGGCUGAAAAAGGUGGACGAGGUGAAGAUCUACACACCAGAGCAAAGGAAAUCGGAGGUUUCCGAGAUGCACCGAAGAACUCAGAGACUGUAUGAGCAGCUGGAGGAGGUAACUCAUCAGAAAACCAUCAGAAGCAGACAAGAAGCUUACGCUAAAAACAGACUGAGGGCCAAGGAGUUCCACAAGAAAACCUUACAGAAGCUUCAUGCCAAGCAGAAUUUGCAGUGACUGACUCUGAAUGCGUUCCAGUUCUACUUUGGUUUUAAAGAUGUCUGUUGUUUGCAGACUCUUUGGUUUAGUAAAAUGGUCGGUUUACCUGCGGCUGCCGAUGACUUUAGGAAGCCUCUGGAGCGUCCCGACGUCUGCUGCAAGGCCAAUAUCCACUUCCUGUGAAGCCAGACAGAAGGACGGACACUGAGACUGUGGUAACGUCAUCACCAAGUGUCACAACAGACAGCACCAGACAUCACCUACCUGAAGGAGCCUGCUAUUGGUUUAGAAAUUAAAAUGUUGCAUCCUUGUUUUUAUUUUUACAUUCUUAAAAGCAUUAUUUUCUGAUUGUUGUUUAUUUUCCUAUUAUUAAACACAGAUGUGAAUGAUGAUGACGAUGGCUGAUAGUUUUCAUUCCAGUAUUUGUUUUGUAUGGAGCAACGAAACUUAACAAACCUCAUCAGUCAAGUCACAAAUACAACUGAAUACGUCAACAGAAGAUAAAUAUAUAACAGAUACUGUUUGUUAAAUAAUUAGAAUGGAGUUAAAAAUGAAUAUGAAUCUGUUGAUAAAGUUAGUUCAAACUUGUUUUACUCUUUAUCUUUCACCAACUCAUUUUUAUUUUUCAGCGCCCUAGUUUUUUCUUUAUUUAGGUCUUGACCAUUUUCCCCGAGUAACAUUUCCAAAGCCAUGAGAACUGGACGGACGUGGUCUUACCUUGACCUGGAACCAGGCGUCCUGGGUACACAGGCGGAUGUCGCAGGCUGUGAUCAGGUCGACACCUGCCACAGUGAACACAACAGCGUGUAAACUCUG